AUGACAACUAACAACCCCCGAGUUGGGUGGAUAGGCCUGGGAAGCAUGGGUCUAGCAAUGGCCCAGAAUGUACACAAAUUUCUCAAAAGCGAAAAGAAGCCCGGCUUGAGAUUUUGGAAUCGGACUCUAAGUCGCGGCGAUGAACUUCUAGCACUUGGAGCUGUCGGCUGCCUGGGUAUUUCUGUGCUUGUCGAGCAUUGUGAUCUUAUCUUCAUAUCUACCAGCGACGAUGCGGCGCUAGUUUCCAUCAUCGACCAAAUUCUAGCUGUAGACAACAUUGCUGGUAAACUAUUUAUCGAUACAACUACUGUGCAUCCGAAGACUUCAAAGGCGACAAAUGAGAGGCUAACGCAACGGAAUGCUUCUUUCAUUGCUGCGCCGGUAUUUGGGGCCACUCCAGCUGCACAAGCGGGCCAAGUUCUGAUGGCAAUGGCCGGAACUAGCGAAGACAUUGAAAAAGUCUUACCAUUUGGAAAAGGCGUCAUCGCACGUGAAGUUAUGGUUGUAUCAGAUCUACCCGAGAACGCUACUGUGCUCAAAACACUGGGCAAUUUCAUCGUUGCAGGAACAAUGGAAAUAGUAGGCGAAGCACACGUCCUCGCCGAGAAGAGCAAUCUCGGUAGCGAGACAUUAGAAAAGCUACUCGAGUUGAAUUUUGGGGGCUUGGCACACUCUGAUUCAACGCGGAUGACGCAGGGAGUGUACAUGCCCGGAGAAGGUCAAUCGCCAUGGUCGAAUUUGAAUCUCGGUAUCAAAGAUGUACAGCAUGGGAUUAGUUGUGCCCGGGACGCUGGGACAAGGUUGAAGGUUGCUGAAGUGGCACUGGAGCAUAUGCUUCGGGCUAAGCAAUUCUCGGAUGCGAAUGGGGGUCGGCCUUUGGAUUCGUCAUCUGGAUAUGGUAUUAUUCGUCAGGACGCGGGUCUUGAUUUUGAGAACGAGUUUGUGAAGAGUCGGGAUGGGAAUGGGAGGAGGAACAGUUUCUAG